AUGGUUAAUGUGGAACCUGCUUUUCCCCGUGGACAUAAAGAGCCAACUCAUGGUUUAACGAACCGUAUCAAGAAACCGAAGGCUGCGGUCAAACAUUAUGGUGCUACAAUUUUAGCAGAGGAAAAGACCCGCCGACUUCGCCCUGAACAGCGCCGCCAAUUGGUGAUGAAUGAAAAGAAAACGGACGAAGCUGAGACGCAACAAGCAUUAAAUGCAUCGCAUUUUACAUUUGCCAAGCUUCCGAACGGCAUACUAACACUGGCCUGUGUAAAACGCAUCACUAAAACGGGUUUAGAGUUGAUAUUGCCUGGGCGUAUUUUGGGAUAUGUGCCCAUUUCUAAUAUAUCUGAGGCAUACUGUAACCGACUGCAGGAAAUGAUCAACACUGGUUCCACCGAUUGUCCAUCAUUGAACGAUCUGUACAACUGUGGAGAUCUAGUGUACGCAAAGUUGCUGUGCAAAUAUAUGGGAAGGGAAAGAAAGGCGAUCCUUUCGCUCGAUCCAAGUGAAUUGCAUAAGGAAUUUGUACCAUCGCAGCUCGUCGCUGGUCUGGUGCUGGCGGCAACAAUAGUUCAAAAGGAGGAUCAUGGAUAUUCCAUGAACGUCGGUAUUCGCAAUGUGCGCGCCUUUUUAUCAGAUGAUAAUCUCGGCCAAAAUCAGGACGAUGUGGGUCGCAACCUUUUUUGCUCGAUAGUGUCGGUUUCCUACGUUGGUUCUGGAGCAACAGUAAUUUUGAAGGCUUUUGAUCCGAAUGCUCCACGGGUGCUGAAUGUCGAGGAAGCAGAUAUGGACGUGAUAGUACCAGGAUGCAGACUAACAUUCACAGUCGGUGAACCGGUGGAGUUCGGUCUACGCGGAAUGCUGUUUGAAGAUAUGGUUCCCGCGUACGUUAAUGAAAACAUGCUCACCAAAACAACGAGCACUCCGCAAAAGUACACCAUGUUCAAGAAGAUACCUGCUACACUGCUGUACGUGGUUCCCGUUACGAAGCAAGUAUUUGUUUCUUUGAAACCGUACACCAACAACCGGGCCGAAACGAAUGUGACCAAUAGUCCCGGUACCGUAAUUGACAAAGCCUACGUGAAAGCGAUUGAUGGUCGUGGAGUUUGGUUGCAGUUCGGAAAUAAGCAGCGCGCUCUGCUUCCACGAAAUGUCAUAAUGAGCCAAGCUGCUUCAUCGGGCAAUGUUGACGAGAGUGUUGUAAUGGGUAACUUUCAAAUUGGCACUAGCCACAAGGUGUUUGUGGUUCAUUAUGAUCCGCUUGAGAACACGUACAUGGUCAGUAAUGAGCACUACGAUGAUGAAGAAAUACGGACCACGGACGAUAUCAUUAUCGGCAAUACGUACAAAUGUCGGGUAAAAAAAAUUGUCAACGGAGGAGCUCUCGUUACUGUUGGCCCUGUGAUAGGAUCAUUAAGUUUCGGAUAUUAUAAUCAAGCAACACCGCUUAAGAUCAAAGAUACCCUUUUAGUGAGGGCAGUUCAUCGUGAAAUUGGAUCAUCAUUCAUCAAAUUUACCAACAUUCCGGAAUUGCUGGACGAAAAAGCAAGCAUUUUAUAUGACUGGGAUCAACUGGAUGCAACAAAGAAUGAUCAGAGCUUUCUCGGUAUGGUUUUCAGAAUAACACCCGCCAUUGUUUUAGUAAGAUUCUUUAACAACAUUUGUGGCGUACUAGAUAAAGCGCAACGCAAAUCAGAAAUGGAUGUUGCCAAAGUGGGUAAUCUUCGUUUGGAUACCGUUGAGAAAUUCACGGUGAUUGAGUUCGAUAAGGCAACCAGAAAAACCUAUCUCACAAUACCGAACACUGCUGAAAAGAUUCGUUCGGCUAUCAUCGUUAACGCCACAAUUACCUGUGUGCAUGCCAGCGGUGUUGAUGUGCGAACCGAGGGCGGCGAAACUGGCACCGUCCCAUCAGAAUGUUUCUCCGAGUUUGGUGAGCAUAACUCGCUUUACAUGAGACUGCUCCAGGAAGGACAGACGCUUACCGUAGUUAAGACAAACCCCGGUACGUACAGCGUCCGAUUGAUACCAUAUUUCAAGACGCAUCCCAUGAAUGUUGAAUCUGUGGAAAGAGGCAUGUUGUUGAAGGGCAGCUGCAUCACCGUGAAUGGUGUGCUGUAUGUAACUCCGCUGCUUAGUAAUUUUUCGGAACAAAUCGAGAUAAAAACGAAUGAAAACUAUCGCAAAGUGGAGGACGGUUCCACCAUCAUGAUGCGUGUGUUAAAUGUGAAAAAAUCCUCCGACAAAGGAUAUGAACUGGACGUGAGCACAGGGCUGCUUAAUGUAUGCGAACAAGGAAUUAUGGACGUUUACAAAUUCAUGGCCGAAUAUUUGAAGGACGUUAAUAAUUUGGUUCAAAGAUACAAAGAAGCAAAACACGCCUUUGCCAACUAUACGAUCGGUCAGACUGUUGAAUGUGUAAUCGAGAGCAUCGUUCCAGAAUCCAACAAAUACGCUGUGGUGGUUCAUGCGAUCGAUAAUAAAUCGAAAUAUGCUGCAAAAGGUAUUGCCACCACUGUCGUACCCAAUCAGUCAGUCACAUUGUACAAGGCAGGCGAAAGGGUGCCCGGCCGUGUCAUUUGGAUCGACGUGGAGCGAAAGCUGGUACAAGUCUGUUUGGAUCAAUCGCUAUUCGAGUGUAUUGUACUGCUGGAUGAACAAUUGAGUUUAAACCUUCACAAUAAUGUGAAACUGUGCAGAGUAUUGUUUGCAAAUAAUUACAUACAAAUAUGUUGCCCUACAUCGGGUCCACCCAACGCAUUGUUGAUUGUACCGGUGAGGCAUCAUUACAAUGAUAUGAUAAACAGCACAAAUGAUACCGUCAAUUCGCUCGAAGUACGAUUGGUGAAGCAAUUCGGACAGAUGAUUUUAGCCACACAUGAACGAAUGUACAAAUUUUAUUGUACGUGCCGUGCACAAGCACGUGCUAUGAUAGACGACGGACUAUCGCAACAAAUAGCACCUCGUAUUUUCUCAAAUCACACAUUGAUUAGUUGCCGUCAAGCAACAGAUACUUUUCAUGAAACAACCAUGCUUGAAGAGGAAGAAACGGAUGCCACGGAUCAAUCGGCUUAUGAUAGUGACAGUGACACACAGCAGGAAGAAAAGGAAACAGAAAAUGCAGAAGAAAACAGUAACGAGCAACAAGCUGAUGCCAGUUAUGAUUCGAGCUCCCCAAUAACAAAAACCAACGGCCCCAACAACGCUACACAGAAAAAGAAAGGUUCAGCGUCUAAACUUUCUAGUAACGGAAGUAAUAAGUCCAAGCUGAAACGAUCGAUCGUUGCAGAUGUAAAGGAAAGUGCUCCACGUGAGCAGUUGCCGUUGAGGAAGAAGAAAAAAAAUUCACCUUUUGAAGAAACUGCUGUUUUUGAAAUGCUGCCUAAAAAGCUAUCGAAAAAAGCUACAAAGCAUCCCAGCGCUGACAAACUUCCAGGAGAAGAUGCUCACCAACAUCACCAAGUGUCACCAAGUGUUGCCUAUCAGCGUCACUCUUCAUUGGUGAAGAGUGAAAAAAGAAAGGACGAAGCUGAGACGCAGCAAACAUUAAAUGCUUCCUUUCUUACGAAUGAUACACUCCAGAAAGGAAUGCUUAUGCUGGGCUGUGUAAAACGCAUCACUAAAGUAGAUCUGGAUUUAAUAUUGCCAGGGGGUAUUAUCGGCAAUGUGAACAUUUUAGAUGUAUCGGAUGCAUACAGUAACCGACUGCAGGAAAUGAUCAACACUGGUUCCACCGAUUGUCCAUCAUUGAACGAUCUGUACAACUAUGGCGAUCUGGUGUACGCGAAGUUUCUCUGCUCUAAAAGAAUCCAGAAAGACUUCAGGAUGUCGUGUUUUUCGCUUAAUCCAAGUGAAUUGCAUAAGGAAUUUGUACCAUCGCAGCUCGUCCCUGGCCUGGUGCUAGCGGCAACAAUAGUUAAUAAGGAGGAUUAUGGAUACUCUAUGAACGUCGGUGUUCACAAUGUGCGCGCCUUUUUACCAAAUGAAAAUCUCGGCCAAAAUCAGGACGAUGUGGGUCGCAACCUUUUUUGCUCGAUAGAAUCGGUUUCCCAAGGUGGUUUUGGAGCAACAGUAAUUUUGAAGGCUUUUGAUCCGAAUGCUCCCCGGGUACUCAAUGUUGAAUCGGCCGCAAUGGAGACGAUAGUACCAGGGUGCAGACUAAUGUUUACCGUCGGUGAACCGGUGGAGUUCGGUCUACGCGGAAUGCUGUUUGAAGAUAUGGUUCCCGCGUACGUUAAUAAAAACAUGCUCACCAAAGUAACGAGCACUCCGCAAAAGUACACCAUGUUCAAGAAGAUACCAGCCACACUGCUGUACGUGAUGCCCGACACGAAACAAGUAUUUGUUUCUUUGAGACCAUAUCCUUAUAAUUGGGUCGAAGCAGAUUUGUCUAAUCGUCCCGGUACUGCAAUUGACAAAGCUUACGUGAAAGCGAUUGAUGGUCGUGGAGUUUGGUUGCAGUUCGGGAAUAAGCAGCGCGCUCUGCUUCCACGAAAUGUCAUAAUGAGACAAGCUGUUUCAUCGGACAAUGUUGACGAGAGUGUUGUAAUGGGUAACUUUCAAAUUGGCACUAGCCACAAGGUGUUUGUGCUUUAUUAUGAUCCGCUUGAGAACACGUACGUGGUCACUAAUGAACAGUACGAUGAUGUAGAAAUACACACCCUGGAAGAUAUCAUUAUGGGCAAAACGUACAAAUGUCGGGUACACAAAAUUUUUAACGGAGAUGCCCUCGUUAAGGUGGGCCGUGUGAUAGGAUCAUUAAAUUUCGGAUAUUAUAAUCAAGCAACACCGCUUAAGAUCAAAGAUACCCUUUUAGUGAGGGCAGUUUAUCGUGAAAUUGGAACACCAUUCAUCAAAUUUACCAACAUUCCGGAAUUGCUGGACGAAAAAGCAAGCAUUUUAUAUGACUGGGAUCAACUGGAUGCAACAAAGAAUGAUCAGAGCUUUCUCGGUAUGGUUAGAAGAAUAACACCCAUGAUUGUUGUAGUAAGAUUCUUUAACAACAUUAGUGGCGUACUAGAUAAAACGGAAUGCGCAUCAGAAAUGGAUGUUGCCAAAGUGGGUAAUCUUCGUUUGGAUACCGUUGAGAAAUUCACGGUGAUUGAGUUCGAUAAGACAACCAGAAAAAUCUCUCUCACAAUACCGAACACUGCUGAAAAGAUUCGUUCGGCUAUCUUCGUUAACGCCACAAUUACAUGUGUUCAUGCCAGCGGUGUUGAUGUGCGAACCGAGGGCGGCGAAACUGGCACCGUCCCAUCAGAAUGUUUCUCCGAGUUUGUUGAGCAUAACUCGCUUUACAUGAGACUGCUCCAGGAAGGACAGACGCUUACCGUAGUUAAGACAAACCCCGGUACGUACAGCGUCCGAUUGAUACCAUAUUUCAAGACGCAUCCCAUGCAUGUCGAAUCUGUGGAAAGAGGCAUGUUGUUGAAGGGCAGCUGCAUCACCGUGAAUGGUGUGCUGUAUGUAACUCCGCUGCUUAGUAAUUUUUCGGAACAAAUCGAGAUAAAAACGAAUGAAAACUAUCGCAAAGUGGAGGACGGUUCCACCAUCAUGAUGCGUGUGUUAAAUGUGAAAAAAUCCUCCGACAAAGGAUAUGAACUGGACGUGAGCACAAGGCUGCAAAAUGUAUGCGAACAAGGAAUUAUGGAUGUAUACAAAUUCAUGGCCGAGUAUUUGAAGGACGUUAAUAAUUUGGUUCAAAGAUACAAAGAAGCAAAUCACGCCUUUGCCAACUAUACGAUCGGUCAGACUGUUGAAUGUGUAAUCGAGAGCAUCAUUCCAGAAUCCAACAAAUACGCCGUGGUGGUUCAUGCGAUCGAUAAUAAAUCGAAAUAUGCUGCAAAAGGUAUUGCCACCACUGUCGUACCCAAUCAGUCAGUCACAUUGUACAAGGUAGGCGAAAGGGUGCCUGCCCGUGUCAUUUGGAUCGACGUGGAGCGAAAGCUGGUACAAGUCUGUUUGGAUCAAUCGCUGUUCGAGCGUAUUGUACUGCUGAAUGAACAAUUAAGGGUACAGAUUCCGCAACAACCGACACGACGUUGGGUAUUAUUUGCGAAUAAUUACGUUCGAAUAUGUUGCCUUAAAUCUGGCACACCAAACGCAUUGUUGAUUGAACCGGUAAGGUAUCAUUACAACGAUAUGCAGCACAGGGAAAAUGAUACCGACAAUUCGGAGAAAUUACAACUGGUGAAGCAAUUCGGACAGAUGAUAUUCGCUGCAAGUCAUCACUUGAUGUGUAUGUUUCAAACGGUCAGGGAGAGAGGCCAAAGCAAACGUAUAAUAAUUCGUUGUCGUCAAGCAACAGAAACUUUCGAUGAACAGUUCAAGGACAAAGAAGACGAAUCUGAAUAUGAUAGCGACAGUGACACACAGCAGGAAGAAAAGGAAACAGAAAAUGCAGAAGAAAACAGUAACGAGCAACAAGCUGAUGCCAGCUACGACAGCAUGGAUGAAGAUGAGGACGAAGAAUACGUCUACAAUCAUGAUGAGACGGAUGAUGAAUCGAGCCCCCCAAUAACAAAAACCAACGGCCCCAACAACGCUACACAGAAAAAGAAAGGUUCAGCGUCUAAACUUUCUAGUAACGGAAGUAAUAAGUCCAAGCUGAAACGAUCGAUCGUUGCAGAUGUAAAGGAAAGUGCUCCACGUGAGCAGUUGCCGUUGAGGAAGAAGAAGAAAAUAUCACCUAUUGAAGCUCUAGAAACAGCUGCUAUUGCAAAGUUGCCAAAAAAGCAAUCAAAAAAGGCCAAAAAAUCUAUACUUCUAAUCGGUGAAGAAGCGAAAUCGAGAAAGUCUGCAUUGAAAAAGAAUAUUUCAACAUUUGUAAUCGACCAGCUUGAUGGAGCGAAUGAUUUCUACCUAGCACAACUUGACGGUACAGAAGAUGACCAUAUCGUACCGCGCGAUAGUAAACUGGGAGCUAAAAAGCGAAAGCGCACUACGGGCGUCACAGGACUGCCAGGUGCGCUGAACUUUUGGGAUAGUACACCCGUCUACAAACGUUCCGUAUCCGAUGCGAGCGACAACGAGGCCGACAGCAGUGACAACGAACAUUACAACUCUGUCGGUAAAAAGCGAUCCACUGGAAAAGAACGGUUCGAGGCGAUGAAGCAAGAGGAAGAACGGUUGCGCAAAAUAGAGGAUGAGCUGGCCAACCCAUCGGCGGAUCCGCACACACCGGAUCAGUUCGAACGACUGGUAUUGGCACAGCCAAACAACAGCAUGCUUUGGAUUCGUUACAUGGCCUUUCAUAUGGAAUCGGCCGAACUGGACAAGGCACGAGCAGUCGGUCGAAAGGCUCUGAGAGCGAUCCACUUUCGAGAGGAAACUGAUCGUCUUAACGUUUGGAUGGCGCUGUUAAAUUUGGAAAUUCGAUACGAGACAGUAGACACCUUUAAGGAAGUGUUGCAGGAAGCGGUCCAGUACAAUGAUGCGUUUAAAGUGUACUCGCGCGCGAUCGAUAUUCUAAUCGACUGUCAGAAACAUGUCGAAGUGCAGGAGUUCCUGGAGUUGCUGCUGAAAAAGUUUCGCAAACAUAACGAUAUGUGGUUUCUGGUAGCCGACGCAUGGUACCGUAUUGGGCAGGGUGACAAAGUGAAGCCAUUGCUCAGCCAAGCAUUAAAAUCAUUGCCAACAAGAGAGCAUAUUUUAAUGAUAGUAAAGUUUGCCUUUCUGCACAAUCGUAACGAUAACCGGGACGAAGCACAUCUGCUGUUCGAACAAAUUCUGACCUCCUAUCCGAAGCGUACCGACAUCUGGUCACAGUACAUUGAUAUGCUGGUGAAGGACAAUCUGGUGGGAAAUGCGCGGCAAAUUUUGGAGCGUGCGAUCAUGCAGCGGCUACCGAUGAAGAACAUGAAGACGCUUUACACCAAGUACGUAACCUUCGAGGAAAAGCAUGGCGAUCGCGAUAGUGUGCGUCGUGUGAAACAAAUGGCGGCCGAUUAUGUACAAUCUCAGCUGAACAAUGCUGGCAUACAAUAG